AUGGCUACGGCUCUUCAGCCUUCGGGCUUGAUGGACAUUGCGAGCUCCUUGAGUCAAGAUGAUAUCCCCUUCAAAUUGCGCUGCGCCAUCUGCAACAAACUGGCUGUAAACGCAUUUCGCCUUCCCUGCUGCGAUCAGGCAAUUUGUGAAAAUUGCCAGACAUCUCUUCCGGACACAUGUCCCGUAUGCGCGCAUACCCCACUCUCCUCUGACCUCUGCAAACCAAACAAAGCCCUCCGAACAACUCUCAAGGCGUUCCUUCGUACGGAAGAAAAGAAGCGCGAGAAAGAGCGACAAGAAUCAUUACCUGCUACUCCCGACGCUGCACCCUCGCAAGAAAACGCCCCCAAACAAGACACUCAGCAAGUGUCGAGUACUACUGAGACUCUAGCGGACGGAACAACAUUGCCGAAUCAAACAGAAGAUUCAUAUACAGCGCAGCCUACUGAUGAUGCAACUCCUGCUGUCACCGAAUCCAAAGCGCCCGGCGCGGAACAAGAAGGGACGGACGAGAUAACUCAGAAUCAACUUGCUGAGCAGGUCGGUCCUGACGCAACGAAUGAAGCGCAUGAUGCAGAGCAGGACGAGGCCGGCGAAGGAGAUACCGCCGGCGAUAGCGAGUCCGCUCAAAAAACUGAGCAGGAAACAACCCAGGAUGCUGUUCCCGGUGCUAGUUUCCCCAACGCCAUGGGAUUCAAUAUGAGCCCUGCAAUGUUUCCGAACAUGGCAUGGGGCGCAAAUCCUAUGGCUCAGUUUAUGGGCAACGGGAUGAUGGGCUUCAACCCUAUGGGAAUGGCGGGAAUGGGCAUGGACCCAAUGGCCGCGAGUCAGGGCAUGUUUGGAGGCUACGGAAUGAACAUGAAUGGCAUGAGCAGUGGCAUGAAUAUGGGAAUGAAUUUCAACGCUGGUCAGGGGGUGUACGGUGGCUGGGACGGCUCUCAAAACAAUAUGUGGAAUGGAGGCGAAGAUAAAUUCAAUCCAAAUGCUUUCGCGAAUGGUAUGGGCGCGCAAUUUGGGGAUCCCUCUGGAUUUGGCGGAUAUAAUAUGUCUCAACCCAACGGAGUUCAUCCUCAAAUGCAGCAACAGCAGUUUUCUAGCCAAGAUUUCCAGAAUGGCUACAAUGGCCCUGGUAAUUAUCGUGGUCGCGGUCGCGGAUAUUACUCCGGUGGCCGCGGCCGCGGUGGCUACAGUGGCCAUAUGCAUUCUAAUUUCCCCCAUAAUGCUAACGCACCAGCCCAAGAUAAUGCAUCCUCUAGCAUGGAGCAGGACAUGGAACCCCAGCCCGAGGAAGGCGCAGUGGGUGCAGCGGCUUCUGAGGAAACAGGGAAGAACGCAGAUGAGGGAUCAAACCCAGCAGCUGACCCAAGUUCCACAAAAGAUUUAGCAUCAGAAGAUUUGAACGAUGCGCUGAAUGGUGCUAGUCUGGAAACACCUCAUGGACAUCCUGACCAAGUCGCAAACCCCGACGGGCAUCAGUUACAAGGUAUCCCUACAAUUGAUAGUCUUGAUCAAACCAAUAGUGCCGGCGGCGUCGGCGUACCUACUCAUAUGAAUCAAGGGUUCGGUAGAGGCGGCGGUUAUAUGCGUGGAGGCUUCCACGGUCGUGGCAGUAGCUUUGGCGGCCAGCAGUUUAUGCCGGGGAAUACCAUGCCACCGCGAGGGCCGGGUGUUGAAGGCGCUCCAGCUGCACCUAAAGCAAUGAGACAGGGGCUCCCUAACACCAGUUUCUUUCGUCAGAGGAACUUCCAACCAGCUGGGCGUCCGUCGAUACCACCCGGACGAAGCGCUAAUGCGUCCGCGACGCCACAUUCAGAGGCAGUUCAGGAAGAUCAACAUCCUCAAUCAACAACCCGGCCCGCCUCUAGAGCAAAAUCAAAAUCAAGAAGCAGAACGCGGUCUUCCUCUCGCUCCCGCUCGAACAGUCGUCGGUACCGCCAGCGAUCUCGUAGUGUUGAGAAUAACGGAGUUGCCUAUGAUCGGCCACGGUCUCGACACAGAAAAUCUCAUUACGGCAAGAAUGACAGGGUUGCAGCAGAAGAUGGUCAACGCACCCGAUCUCCCUCUGUCGAAUCUCACAGGUCAUCCCGAUACAAGGAGAAAUCCACGCGUUCUCAUCGGUCCCGUCGGUCCCACCGUCAUAGCAAUCGCAGCCGGAGCACAAGCCCUGCUCGCAAUGGUGAUAGCCGAGAUGAUGACCGCCUCGCACCCAUUGCGGGAGAGAGGGGCGGCUCCAAAUCUCGAAGUAGAAACGCCGAGGCGCUUGAAGGCUCAAGCAACUCUCGUCGAUCUGGAAAGGAUCGUUCAAAUCGGCGCGAAGAAGACCGAGAAAGAGAUAGGGAGGUGCGCCGACGUGACCGCGAUCGAGAGCGUGAUCGUGGCCAGGACCGUGAUCGUGAUCGUGAUCGUGAUCGCGACCGAUACCGCGAAAAGGAGAGAGAACGCUACAGAGAGCGAGAUCGUCCUCGUGAACGGGAAAGAGAUCGAAAGCGGUCUCGACGGGAUCGAUCUGAAUCUGCGGUUGAUAGCGACUACCACUCUAGAAAGAUCAAACGUAGCCGCGAAGAUGAUAUUCGCAGCUCAGUCAGUCACAGAGAUCGUCCGAGGGACUCGAGGGAGAAGGCGGUGCCGACCUCGAAACCAUCUGAACCCGAGAAAGACCCCCAUACUCUAGAACGUGAAGCCCGCAACCGCGAACGUCUUCUCAAAGAACAGCAACGCCGUGAAGCAAUGCAAGCUGAUCGGGACACCAGCAAACCCAGCCGCCGCCGAGACAGUCGUCAGGAACGAGGCGGGCGUCGACUUAACUACAAAUACGAUGAUGAAAGUGACGACACCAGGGCCGCAAGAGUAGAAAGAGAACGAGAGGCGAGCCGAUGGAAUUAA